AAAUUUGUUUUUUUUUCACAAUCAAAGUAUACCGCGUGUCUUGAUAAAAAAAAAUUUGUGCAUUUUUCAGUAAUAAUAAUGUCUGUGACCACUUCAAAUCCCCAAAGCAAACAAAUAAAGUUUUACAAUCCAUCAAGCUCUGCCAGUUCCGAUAGCGAUGACCGCUGUGAUUUAACAGAACAACUUUAUGUGGAUCCUAACAUAGCAAAUGUAGAGUAUUUUGGUUGUCCAGCAUCGCCCACAACUGUUCCAGCAAGGACACCACAAUGCUUAGAGUCCCCAGCUCGUGCGGGAGCACCACGUAGGCGACAACGUACUACUUCUAUGAAUAAUCAAACCACAACAGCAAAUCCCUCGGAAUGCGUAAUUCGUUCUAAUAAUCGAACUAUUUACACAGCUGGUCGCCCACCUUGGUAUAAUUGUGCCGGGCAACAGGUGGAGCCAUUUGUUAUAGGUAUUUGCGGUGGUAGCGCUUCUGGAAAAACAACAGUGGCGCAAAAAAUAAUUGAAUCUUUAGAUGUACCCUGGGUUACGUUGCUAUCAAUGGAUUGCUUUUACAAAGUGCUCAAUGAGAAACAACAUGAACAAGCUCUCCUUAAUGAGUAUAAUUUCGACCAUCCCGAUGCUUUCGAUAUGGAUUUAUUAUUGGAAGUACUAAAGAAGCUUAAAGAAGGUCGAAAAGUGGAAGUUCCUGUUUAUAAUUUUGUUACACAUUCACGCGAAACUACCACUAAAACCAUGUAUGGAGCUAAUGUUAUAAUCUUUGAAGGUAUUUUAGUGUUUCACAGUACGGAAAUUCUAAAAUUAUUGGACAUGAAAAUCUUUGUUGAUACAGAUCCGGACAUACGCCUUGCCAGGCGAUUGAAAAGAGACAUUUCUCAACGGGGACGCGAUCUAAGUGGUGUAUUGAAGCAGUAUUUGAAUAUGGUUAAACCAUCCUAUUCAAAUUACAUUGCUCCGACAAUGGCUCACGCAGAUAUAAUAGUUCCUCGUGGUGGUGAAAAUAAAGUUGCUAUACACCUAAUUGUUCAACAUGUUCAUACUCAGCUUCAACUGCGUGGCUUCAAGUUACGUGAAGCUCUAGCGAAUUCUUACAAUGACCAACCAAUGCCUGAGUCCCUACAUCUUCUACCGGCUACACCGCAAAUCAAAGGAUUGCAUACUUUUAUACGAUGCAAGAAUACAUCAAGAGAUGAAUUUAUAUUUUACUCCAAAAGACUUAUUCGCUUGGUAAUAGAAUACGCCCUUAGCCUAUUUCCAUUUAAGCAGACUACAGUAGAAACGCCUCAGGGUGUAUUAUAUAGUGGCAAAAGAAUGGCUACGCACAAAAUUUGCGGUGUCUCCAUAUUGAGGGCUGGGGAGACCAUGGAACAAGCCAUUUGUGAUGUUUGCAAGGAUAUUCGUAUUGGUAAAAUUCUCAUACAGACCAAUAAGGAGACCGAAGAACCAGAGUUGUAUUAUUUACGUCUGCCAAAAGAUAUUCGAGAAUACAAAGUUAUACUAAUGGACGCCACGGUUGCUACAGGUGCAGCUGCCAUGAUGGCUAUCCGUGUAUUACUUGAUCACGAUGUCAAAGAAGAGAAUAUUAUAUUGGCCUCGUUGUUAAUGGCUGAAAUUGGAGUUCAUAGCAUAGCUUACGCUUUUCCUGGGGUAAAGAUUGUUACAUCGGCUCUUGAUCCUGAAAUUAAUGACAAAUUUUACGUGAUACCAGGAAUUGGCAAUUUUGGUGACCGCUAUUUUGGCACAGAGCCCUCGGAAGAGUUCUAUUAGUUGGUAUAAGUAUUGAUUUAUUGCUGUUAUAUUAUAAUUAUUUAAAAAAAACUCGUUAACCACUGAGGAUAGUAGUUGGUGGUAAUGUCGUCAACAUAAUAAAAAUUAUUUCUUUUAAUAUGUAUUAUGAAAUUCCGAUUUUGAAUUAACGUUUAACGACUAAAAAAUAUUUUUGCUUUCUCACUAUUACUCCUCUUAUUUUACGAGUACGUACUAUUUAAAAUAUUUUAGAAUAAGUUAAAAUUUUCCACGUAAAGGCGGUAUAUACAAACAUUAAAUAUUUUAAAACAUGUUUUGAAAUAAAUAAAUUAAAUAAAUGAAUA